AGAUAAAUAAUGUAAUACAAAACUCCACCCUAACCUGAUACUACUGCAUAAUUCAGCACAAAUAAACACGAAUGACUAAAGGAGCUCCCUUCAGUCCAGGGAAGAGGCAAGACCUGUUUGGGAGCCUCAAAAAAGAAACUAUUGUCCAUUGUACUGGACAGCUCAGUUUUGGCCCAGUCUGUUUACAUGGGGAAAGCGAUGCCAUUUGUAUUGAAUCAUCACUGUGGCGUUCCUCUAUUUUUGGAUCUCACUGUCACACCAUUACAUGUGGGCUUGAUCAGCUGAAUGAAAAUCACAGGGAAAUAUUGACUCACAAUCAUACAUCACUCUUCAUCCUUUUCUUGGGCUGCAGUCAGCUGUCUUUUCACUGGCACUUGCUUUGAAACCAGCCUUAUAAACUGGGACGGGUCGGGACUUGGUUUCGUACCCAUUCUGUGGCUGCGUCAAGUGAAAAUUCUGAGAGAUCUAUGGCUGAUGAAAUCAUUAUUUAAAUCAGACAUUUAGAUCCACGGUAUUAAGGAAGUGAAGUUGCUUUCUUGUAGCUAACUUCCCCUUCUGUCUUAUUGAAUAAUGCUGUAAUCACAACCAGGGAAGAGUGAUUAGUUCCUCUAGUUACUUCUCUUACCAGUCGUACUGUUGUACUUUUAGCAGACAAGCACAUACCGAGAGAGACAUUGUGCAUUCAUUUACCUGUACCAGUUUGGGGUGUCCGCUUUAUGAAUGGCCUUGGAAACUUUCCCAUCUGAUCCGUUAUCUCCUCUGCACUGGAAUCUCACCCUGCUGGGAGCGUCAGCCCUGGUGACGAUGAUCCUCCUGGUUUUGAUGUGCAGUCCCUGUGGAAAGAGAAAAUCUGAUAAAACGAGUCACCCUGAGCGCAGUGAAGGGACUGAACUGUCUUCAUUACCACAGACCACUGCGGAGAAUGAGAUUUGGGAGCAGAGUACAAACGCUUCAACUGCCGAUCAACCCGAACAACAAAUCAACAAAGCUGAAAAAAGAAACGCCGCCGAUGCCAAAUCUAAAGGGAAGGCUAAGAGGAAAGCGGGGGAGUCAGACAGACCCCAGAAAGAGGAGUCUCCUGAAACGGGCAGCGUCACAGAUGCUGACAAAGAUGACCGCGGGAAAGUGCAAAGAGUUCGGGAGCUCCCCGAACUGCCCGGGAUUGCAAGGCGGGUCACCCGGAGGCACAGCAGCUCCAACAGCUUGAACGUGUACGACGUGGUCUCUGAGGUCAGGAACGUGUGGCCCCUGGAUUCAAGAGCCCUCUGCAAGCAGACCUCAGGCGGCAGCAACCUCUAUGACGAGAUACGGACCGUGGAAGUCAGGUGGGGGCCAGAGAUGGAAGACAGCAAAACCAUCCCGGUCUACACCAAUAUCAACGAGCCCAAACCAAGCGGCCUCUCGCCGCAGCCUCUCGCCCAGGUGGGAGCUGCGGUACCCAGGCCAGAGACUCAAGAUAUGCCGCUGUAUGCGAAAGUGAAAAAGCCACGGACCAGGGCAGUGCAAUCCGAAAUUAUAAUAACCUAGCAUGCACGGUACAGCAGAAAGAAUAAGACGCGUGGGGGAAAAAAACCCAAACAUAUCCACUGUUAUGAAUGAAAGCAUCCUCAGCUGUUCUUACAUAAGGGGUUGUAGUGUCAACACACUCCCUAAACUUAGAGAACAUUUACAUUCGUUAGAGGUGUGACGCAAUCCAAAAUGAUCGGUGAAUGGUAUAUACCGCAUGUGUUUAUCAUGUGUGCAGUUGUUAUGAAUGGUGCCAGGUUAUGUUGCUCCAGUUUAUCAUUGCUCGAUGUUGCCACC